UUUUUGACUGAAGGCCUUAAAAUGCACUUGAUUUAUGAUUAUCUAUAACCUGAACUUGCACCAAUGUAUAUAAAAAACUAACAAUUUACGAUGUUCCUGAUCUAGUUGCACACCCUGUACCACAAUGUUGAGCUUGAGAAGAACCAUGAGUUUGUCAAUCAUUGGUUGGAGACUCAGCAGAGUAUUGAAAAAUUUGAACUGGACGAAUUAUUAACGAACUAUCAGAGGGUUCGUAUGAAUUUAAUCGGCAGCCGGAAACAGUUGGAAAGAAUUCAGGAGAAUAUUGAUCAGCUCCAGAAAGGUCUGUGGUUGGUAACUAAAGAGAAGGAAGAAGGGGAGGGAGAAUGUGAAGAUGAAGUUGAAGUGAAAGCUGUUAAAGAAAAAACCGUAGCAGAGUUUAAUCCAGAAGGCUGCAGAACUCUCAGGACAAAAUUUAUGCAGGCUAGAGAUCUGAUUGGUGAAACCUUGGCCUUAUAUAAUUUUAGAUCAGAGCUUUGCAGGUUAAAGGUUGAAGAGUGUAUUCAUAAUGUUCUAGAAAGAACUCUCACCAAUGAUACAUCCAACUAUGUUUUUACUCCGCAGGAGGAGUUACGGUUGGCUGUUAGUGUCCUUUUUAAGUUUCUACGAAAGGAUCUCCAAGAUGACAAACUGUCCAGAGAUUUGAGAAUCUGGUUGGACAGAACCAUCGGAGUAGUAUUGUCGAGCAGUACACUUUAUGAUCAUCUCUUCAUUCUGAAUCAUUUAAUGAGGUGUCCAGCUGGUGUGGGUAAGUGGGGAGCCAGCUAUCUUCAGCCUGCUAUCCCUGUGGUAGAUUCAGAAGAAACAACUUUUGAAAACCCUUUCCUAGAUCACUUGAUAACUAUUCUUGCUACAAUCCUUCUACCUGUCAAGGAGAGGGUAUCCUUUAUCCAAGAAUACAGAAUUAAGGCUACCCAGCACAGACAGACCUUUGAUGGUAUUGGAGACAAAGAAGAUUCAAUCUGGACUGUGUUGGAUGAUGAAGGUAGUGAGGAUGAGGAUCCUCAAGAAAGUUGGGCGGAACUCAGAGAAGCUGAUCUAAUUGCUCUUCUCAACCAGAUCCCUAUAGAUCAUAUGUUCAGGUAUGUGUUGAGAAUAGAAGAAAGGGAUGGAAAGGAUUACUAUGAUAUAACAAGAUCAACUGAGCAGUCUAUGCUGAAGCUGUUUGCUUUUGCUACACAGUUUGUCUAUCUGCUAAAAGAAGGAUUGAAGACAUUUAAUACUCCUAAGUACCGUCAGUUUGCAAAGCGCUUGGGUAGACUGAUCCGCCAGACAGUACACUUUGUAUCUGAUCAUUGGGAAAACUUCAAAUCAGCCAAAACAAGCAAUUUACAUCCAUCCAUGUAUCAAAGACUGCAGCUUGAGUAUGAUUGUUUUUUCUUACGGGCUACAAAGUGCAUUUUUUCUUCCCUGAAGCUUGGCAUCUGGCAAUAUUUGGCUGAUAUUCCAUAUGGGACAAUUUCUUCAGACAUGUUGUGGAGGAUCUUUUAUGUUCUCCACCUAGACUAUCAAGAAGAAAGCCAUAAUGACUUUGGCUCUGAGAUAACGGACUGGGUUGAAGUGAUGUCAAGUCCAGAUCUUCAGAUUCAAUUUGAAGAGAAGUGUGCAGAGGCAGAGGAAACUGAACUUUUCUUCUUACUUUCAGCCUUUGCUAAUAUGGGAGUGUCUAGGAAAAGACAAGAAGAGGUGUUUAUUAAGAGGGUUGUAAUGGACUUGUUCUACAUUGGAUUUGUAUCUGAAACAACAAGAGAGGCAAACUGCAGAAACUGUAGAGAUUUGUUGUCAAGUGUUUGUUCUAAGCAUCCCUUUUUGCUCUCAUACAUGGUUCAAGUUUUAAAGUUAAAGAUUUUUGAUAUUGGAAAACUUAGUAGCUAUUUAGUGCAGGAGCUGCCUUGGAACCUUAUGCAACCAGUUUCAGAGGAUUUAUCAGUCUUAUUCAACUGGUUACAAUCUCCUAUUUCUGGUUAUGAAAAUGCAACUGCACGAAUUGUGUUAUCUCAAUUCAAUUGGGAAUUUGGCCAUCUCCCAAUUCAACAUCACAUCACCACUGCAAUAACCAUUAUUGAAGUGCAUACUAAGUUUACUGAAAGAUCAGAUAGUCAGGGUAUUGUUAACUCGUCAGUCAAUACCAUAAACAAUCUUGCAAUGGCAACUUUAUCCCCUUGUGGUUCACAAGAACAACAGUUUACCAAAUGGUGCUGGGAGCUUCUGUCUAGAUUAAGACUGCACAUGAUGGACAGAUCUCUUAGGGAAUAUGAUGCCUUGUUGUCUGGAAAUCCUGAAAUAUUUUCUGACCUUCUAGACUUUGAUUUGAGCCCUCAGAUUGAAACAGUGGUUAAUGCAGCAGUAGGAAAGCAGCCAAUGGCUUGCUAUGGAGUACUUAUACUAACACAAGUUGGACAUUCUCUUCCUGAGAUUUUGGAGAGAGGUCUAGGAUUUAUCAAGGUUAUCCUUGAUUAUGGAAGACUGGACCAUGUUAUGGAGUUAAUUCUUUACAUUAUUCCUAUACUUUUGGUGGAUGUGAAUGCAUUGGAGAGUUCUGAUCUAACUUACAUAAUUUCAAGAUUAGUCCAUGCAGAUCAAACCUAUCUUUCUAUAGCCAAAACAAUGAUAACAGGAACUUUUCCUGGACCUGUCACAAAAGAGUUAGGAAAUAUGGUCCACAAGAUGGUUUCUAUUAUUGACACAAUACGAGUAUUCUCUAGAAAAGAUAUUUUGGACCUUCUGCUCAAGCUAUUUAUUGGAGUUCCAAACUGGAACUCAAAUAAUUGUGUGAUGUACCUGCUGGAUAUUGUUUGUGCCUAUGCAUUUGGUCACAAUGAGUGCCAUUUGACAGUGUUGGAACUGUUUGAAAAAAUGCACUUGGAAAACAACAAAAAGACUAACUCAGGAAGUCUUUUUUCGUUUAUUUCAAGUUUUGGAAACCAUGGACAAACACUCAUUGCUUCAGGAAAUUCUCAAUUUUCUUGGUUAUCAUAUUUUAUAUUUCAAGCAGAAGAAAAUUACAUGCAUAAAAGUGGACUGUGGAGAGCACUUGUGUCAGAAUUGGCUAAGGGAAAAACCUUAGAGGAUUCAUUGAAAGAUUCCGGAAAGUCUACAGAAGUUAACCCUCCUAAAAGCAAUCAGCUUAUUAUCUAUCGCUGGGCUCAGCAAGCAAUUGAUACCCCUCCUGAACAUCCUCUUCUGUUUGUGUUUUGGCAACGAUUUUUUGGACUUUAUCUUUCAAGGCCUGCUGAACUCAUUGAAGGACAAAAUGCUGCAGGAGUGGGAACCAAUUUUUUCUCGGGUAUGAUAAACUCAAUGUACCUGGGUAAGAUUAAAUCAAGUCUGAAGUCUUUUAUCAAACACUUUGAGAAGCAAUUAAAUUCAUCAGAAAAGAAGGAUCAGGUUAUUUGUGAUGAAAUAUGCAAACUGUUCAGAACAUUUUACAUAUGGAUUGAUGAAACAAAGAUUAUGGACUCAUCUCUGUAUAUCCCUGCUUUAACACCAGUGUAUGACCCUGCUAAACUAGUCAAGUUAAUGAGUGGAGAUUCAACUAUUUGGAUGGAAUACUUUGAUAGAAAAAUUACAGAAAAAAUCUGUUCAGAAUCUGUCAAAGAGUGGAAUUUGCUGCAUUUUAGACAACUGAUGGAAAAAAAGAAUGUUCCUCAUAAUUUGCUUGCAUCCAGGACACCUAAAGAAAGAAUUAUUCAAAGAUUAAAUUUCAAUGAAUCAAGGCUUCCAGCUCCUCUGCUAAGAAGAUUGGCUAAUCCAAUUCCAAGGUUUUCUGAACCAACAUCUAAUGAUGCCUUGUCACAAGCUCUGAUGGGACCUCUGCAGACUCUGAAUGACUUCUCAGAUAAUCACUGCAUGAAUAUAUCAGGGUAUGGGUCAUUUAACUGCAGCUAUCUAGAGAUUAUUGAAAAUUUGUGGAAAAAUGAGGAGGUUUCUGUUUAUGUUCCCGCUGCAUGUUCAGGCAGAACUGUUGGCAAGGAGCAUAUUGCUUGCUCUGGGCCUGCCAUAGUUAACCUUAUCUUUACUGAAGCAAAGAAGCAGGAGGGUAUAGCUGUAAAAUUAGAAGCAAACAGAAAAAAUCAUGCAGAGGUGGAGCAUAAACUCUUGGCUGCAAUUCCUCCAAAAUAUGUUAUUGCUGCUACAGUCUUGAAUAACAUAAUCACAAAGAUUCUGAAAGCAUUUGAAAAGGAUCUUGGUAAGGGUGUCAGAUCAAUUCAUUUGACUUUAGCAUCAAAUUUGUUUUGUCAUUUAGCGAGAUCAACAUCAGAAAAUUGGUUAAGUGUUCCUCCUUUGCGGCAUUUUGUAUCUGAAUGUCUAGACAAUCUUGCAACAAUUGUUGCUUCACAAGGAGAAUGUAGAGCAGAGAUGAUUCUGGAUUUGUUACAAGCAUCCCCACAUUUGUCAUCCAUAUUGACCCCACAUUUUUCCCCCAAUAGCUCAGACCUACUUACUGUUUACACUAAGAUCACUCAGCUACCAGAUGGAGAUGGAUCUAUAUCUUUUGUACUUUUGUCAAAGUUAGAUAUUGUGGAGUGGCUAAGUUUAGUUCCCAAAGAAGCUGAUGUUUUAAUGCUCCUGGGGUUAAUUUUUAGAAAUUUUGAGAUAACUGGAAAUCAACCAGAGGAGAGCAGACUGAUGAUACAUGGUCUUCAUAGAAAACAUAUGUCACAAAUACUGAAAUACAACUUUCCAGCAAAGUACAUAACAAUUCUUAAAACAGUGUUGAAUCUUUGUGGGCUGAACCAGAUAGAUCCAGAAAUUGUAUAUGACAUACUCAGGGUAGUUGUAAACUCUAAAUCACAGAUUGAUUCUAAGACUGACACAGAAAUAGUUCAAGAAGUUCUUCACAGUUUUGCUAAGGAAAAUAGUUGUGAGUAUCUCAUAGUGCUGUCAGUUAUCUCUGAAGUAGCAUCUCAUUUUGAGAAAGACCGCUUAAAAUUUGGACUUUAUGGAUUAUAUCCUAAGUACAGAACUUAUCUUAAACCUCUCUGUUAUCUGUUCACUAUGCUCUCUCUACAAAUGAUUCAUGCUGAAAUAUCAAAGAAUAAAGGAGUAUUAACAACAGAAGCCACAGACUACUUGUGGAGAAACAUGAUAACCCUAUAUGAUCCAUGGCUAAGUCCAAUCAACCCAUCAAGUAAGGUAACCACAGCUAACUGGAUCCAACAACUAAGUGAUGAAGGAGAGUCACUGAUGCCUUGGAUUCCAGGAGAUUCAUCUUUAGCAAAGAUGAUGUUUGAUUCCCUUUCCCAAUCCUUGAUCGUCAUUAUAGAAUUUGAAGGAAAGAAAGACCUUUUAAGCAAGCUGCUUAGUAUGUAUAGUAGCUAUUAUGCUUCUGCUGGGACAAAGGAUCAUAUUUUUGGUGUAGUUCAUCCAGCCCUAGCCUCACUAGACUGGUCAACCUUCAGUCCAACUGUGAGGGAUAUUGAUGCUAUGAUGAAGAUUAUCAGCAUGUUUCUUCCUCAAUCUCAUGCAUUUCUGGGCACCAUAUUUGUACAAAUAAAUUGGCAAUUUUUGUUGGUACAGAAAAUGAAUGAGCUUGAAUAUGUCAAAAGAGCAGUUCCCUCUGUUUUCUGUCUUAUGAUUAAGCUUAGCAGUGAGCCCUCUGUAAGACAAGGUGGGCGAUUACUCAGCAUAGUUACUCAGUCAGAAUCUUGGCCAUGGGAGUUGGUUGAGUUUGCCCACUUUGAAUCUCUUGUUCAGUGGUAUGUCAUGAGCGUAGAUUGUAGAUGCAUAGUAAAGCAUAAGGACAGAAGCCCCCUGGAUGCUGCUAUAAUUCGCCUGUUUUUAGCAGCGGCAGAGUUCAGCUCUGAACACCAAAACUCCAAUUCUGAGAAAAAACAGGUUAUGUGGAUUAAGUGCUGUGCUAAGCUUUUAUCUUCUGUUUGUAAUAAGCAGAAGAAUUUUUUGAGUGUAAAUCAGCCUGCACUUCAUACAACACUAAGAAAUCUUCUUGAGCAGAUGAACAAAAUUGGUUCUUCCACCAGCUCAGGGAUAAUAGUCAAGGAUUACUUGAGCAUAUUCAAUACAACUAGUAGUUCUGUUUUGCCUGGUUCUGCUCUGGUUGUAACUCAGUCAUGGUUGACCCAGACUUCACCAUCUUCAUCUCUAGUUCCUGCAUUACUUAGUUUAGCUGGUACUAUGGUGAAAGACGCUAGGCUUGCCAGUUCCUUGCUUGAAUCAACCCUGGAGACCUACUUUAAAGAAGAAAACUCUACUGCGUCUUGGGGACAUGCUAAGCAAUUAAUAAUAUGGCCUAGCGGGAUCAAAAUCAAGGAGGUUCUUGAUCAGUCUGUACAGCUUGGUAACGGUCUAGUUAUUUAUGCUUUUAUUGACCUGAAGCAUGGAGAAUGUUUAAACAGUCAAGAGGAACAGGUUCUAGCAUCAUCAUUAUUGGAAUACAUACGUCUGCUACAGAGUGUAUCAGUGCCUGGCCUUGAAUUCAAGCUACCAAUACUUUACAAGAAGCUUGCACAGCUGCUGUAUCGUCAAGUUGAGCUCUCCAAGGAUUCAGCUUGGGCAAUUAAUUCUCUAGGUCAGUUUUAUGAGAUUCUGAUCUCAAUCUCUGAUACCUCUCCAGGCUGGAGUCAGAAUAUCUUGGGUGCAAUUGGACUGGGAUCACAAUCUGUUAUUUCUUUGAGAGGAAAGUUUUUAGCCAGAUCUUUAGCUGUCUAUAUUAGAUCAUUGAUGACGUCUGACCGAAGUGGUUUGCUGGAAAAGACCAUCCAGCUGACAGAACUGGAAAAUUUAAAGGCUGCAACCCUUCGUUUGCCAGAGAUGAAAACCCAACUGGAAAAACUCAAAUCCUAUAAAUCUAACAAAGGAUUCUCUGGGUUUGGUGAGUUAGUUCGGUGGGUUCUUCAGCAGAUAGAAGAAGAAACCAACACCCUCAAGGAUACUGGACUCUUCAUAGAUUAUCUAGUCAUAGAUAAACUAUAUACUGAGUUAUACCAUAGAACAUAUAGUGUACGGUCUGUUGAUGUUUACCAGCGGGCUGGUCAAGGAGACCUGGAUAAUAAUGAUAUAGAUUGCUGGCUCAGAGAGACAGGAGGGGAUAUCAAUCUACCGGAUGUGCAUGGGUUUACCAUGUUGAUGUGGGCAGCAGCUUACGGUCAAACUCCAACAGUUCAACUUCUACUUAAUCGUGGAGCUAGCAUAAACUGUAGAGGUUUGGAAGAAGAAACAGCCCUGCAUCUAGCUGCUAGCUGUGGUUGUAUUGAACUUAUCACACUUAUACUUAAACAUGGAGCAUUUGUUGAUACAGAGGUUAGAUUUAUUGAUACAGAGGAUGAGAAUGGAUGUACACCCUUAAUGUUUGCAGCGAUGAAGAACCAUCCUCAUGUUGUUAAUGAGCUUUUGCAAGAAAUAGGACUGAAACCUGAAGUUAAAAGAUGCCAAACCAAACCUGUUGUUAUAUUGUGCAGGCGGAAUAUAAAUGAUGAUACGGCGUACAGUUUAGCAGUACGGAAUGGUGCUAGAUUGGCACAAACUGUUAUUGAGCACAGCAUAAUUUCAGUCAUGGAGAAGACUGACAAACUGAGAAAAAUACAGAAAGAAACAAAUGAAAAGUUGACCCAUCUGAUCCAGGAGUCAGGGUCAUCCGAGGUCAUUGAGGAUCUAGAGGAGCUAGAGGACGAAGAAGAAGAGGAAGAGCCGGCCAAAAAAAUUCUCAAAUUUACAAACUCGGCUUAUACCACAAACUCACUUGGUGAUUUGUUUCCGAACUUUUUUAAUUUCGCGGGGAAAUAUUUCGAGAUGGCGGACACAUCUACCACGUGGAAAAAGGUUCUCUUCGAGAAAAAUGGAUUUCCUGAUAACUAUACACCGGAGGAAAGCUUCCUUGCUGCCAUCGAAAGAAAUAAAAAUCUUCGAAUUUAUUCUAAACGAGAAUGUUUUAAGGGAGCUGCUGUUGUCGGGCGUGAAUUCAGUCUUCUUAUCACGUUUUGGGCUCUAUACAUAUAUCUUAGUGAAGAUAUUGUGAGUAGUGAACAGCUUCUGCUGUCUCUAUUUCUUGUUAUUACCGCGGGAUAUUUAUACCAUCUCAGGAACUUCUCCUUGUCUAAAAUCCUUAAUGGAGUAAAGACGACUUUCUUCUUCGUCACAAUUGGAUUUGCUCUGUCUCCAGUAUUGUUCAAACUGACCGACACCAUCAGUACUGAUACAAUUCACACGAUGUCUCUGGUUGGAUUGGUGGUUCACACCCUGACCCAGAACUACGGGAUCACAGGGCCGGUCGUCUCAAAAUCUAUUUCCCUGAAUUCUGGUAUAUUCUCUACCGUUUGCCUAGCCAGUAGAUUUCCAAAUCAUCUUGCGGCAUUUGCACUGCUCUGCCUAGCUGUCUUCUGCUUUUUAUUGGUAAGUAAAGAUUUAUCUAGCAUUUUUAGGUCUAGAAUAUUACAGGUUAUUUGUCCUCUUCUGUUCUUCCAUCUUCAAUCCUAUAAACAAACUAUUCAUGGUCCUUGGGACGAGGCUUCAUUAGACUGA